AUGACUUCACAAAAACAACAAAGACAUGAAACCCAACAUCUACGAGGAGAAUAUGAUGUAAAGUUUGGUGGGCCAACUGCAGUGGCCGGUCAGACACUCUCCGCUGUCCAAACUGUAGGAGAUGCAAUCACUCCAUUCGUUCCCUUAUUUAACAUGGUCACGAACAUACUUACUCAAAUGUUAUCAAUCUAUGAAAAUGCAAAAUGUAAUGAAAAAAUAUGUUUGGCUUUAUUAGAUCGUGUUGAAAUUGCACAAACAGCAGUUAAAUCAUUGCAACGAAAAUAUCAAGCAAAUGAAAAAAAUUUUAGGGAUCAAGUUUAUUAUGAUGCUUGGAUUAGAUUUGUUAAUGUUCUAGAGAAUAUUAGGAAAUUUUCUAAAGAAGUUACGCAAUUGAACUAUUUUCAAAAGUUUAUGAAUGCUAAUGCUGUUAAAGAUGCUUUUGAAAAAAAUAUUAAAGAGUUUGAAGAAGUUUGUAGUGAUUUAAAUUUUACUAUGGCUAUGUAUAAUGCUGAGCAAAGAGAAAUGGAAGCAAAAAAUGUGGCAGAAGAUCUUGAGAUUUUGAAAAAAUCAAUGAAUGAAAUGAAGGAUGAAAUAAAGGCUGAAAUAAGGUUAGCAAUAACGGAAGUUACUACAUUGAUGUCAAGCGCCAAUCAUCUAGGUUCACAACUACAACUUGCACAGCAAAAGGGUGGUGAAAUUCCUGUGGUGGAUAAAACAGCUCAUCUGAUCGAUGAGUACAAAGCUCCCAAAGUAGAUCCAAGAGAAUUAACCGAACCAUUUGCUUCUAAUGAUAACGUUCGUGGAUCCAAAAAAACUGUCCAUAAAAAAAUUUUCCGUGGAAUAGAAGUUGCAUGUAAAAAAGUUCAAAUUUCUAAACCUGGCGAGUCCGGACAGUUAAAGAGUCCCGAUCAAACAGUCGAGCGAGCAAAUUAUAAAAUACAACAACUUGAAUUGGCUGCACUUCUUAAAUUAGGUGUCACCGAUAGAUUUGAGCCUAAAAUUUCAAAUUUCGAACUCAGCCGUUCUAUAACAGGUGUAUCUUCAGAAAUUAAAACAUUGGCAGACAUUAUUCGAUGGUUAGCACCCGAAAAGAUGCGAAAACCUCCAAAAUCUCAGCAACAAAGAUAUAAUCAUCAAUGUGAAAUGUACAGGGGUAAAUAUAAUUUAUCCUUGCAAUUUACAUUUGUAAUUUACAUUUGUUUUAAAUUGUCAAUUUUAAUUACUCAUUUAAAAUUCAUGCAAAAAUUAAUUGUUAUUUAUCAAGCUUGGGAAGAUGAACCUUCAGCACGUCCUUCGGACAUAGAAAUGCAACAAAAACUUAAAGAUCUUUUUAAUGAACAUGUAUUUUCUAGAGGAAUUUCCCCUCAAAUACAUCCUAAAAAAACAAACUCUGGUGAUAUCCCAAGUUUCGAACUUCCAAAAAGUUUCGAGGAAAAAGUUUGCAUCACCGAUUCUCAACAAUCUUGUGAUCAAUUUGAAACACCUGAUGAAUGCGAUGAUGCCCUAAAUGAGAUGACAAUACAGGAAAUAAUUAAGUAUAUGACUAUGGCGGCUGAUCAUGAAAAUCCUACUGCACUUUUUAACUUGGGUGAUAUUUAUUGGAAUGGAAAGCUUGGGGUUCCGGUUGAUAAAGUAAAGGCGGAACAAUAUAUUAAAUUAGCAGCUUUGAAAGGCCAGCAAAAGGCUGCUGUAAUGCAAUACGGAAGUUGA